AUGCGUGGAUUUAGUGGGCCUGUCAGUCAGUCUUCGGCACAUGCCGCUAAUCCCACAGCUCUUCUUCAAGGCGCAACGACGGCGCAUCCAGCGAGGGUGGUGUCGCAGAAUGUUGCGCAAUUAAUGCAAUGCUUCAUUCGUGAUUCACAGCCGCUUUCAUGGGGCCGCUUUCCUGAUUACAUUUUGGUGGUUCCGCUGGAGCGACUAGCCUACAUGGACCUCGCACCACCUGACAUCUACCAUGGCGCACCGGCGCGGCUGAGAAUGGGUCCCCUUUUGCGUUGCCUCUUCGAGUGCUUCUCUACGGAAGCGUUAAUUGCGUGA